AUGGAAUCAUUAAAAAACAAUGGUGAAAAAAUUGAAAAUUUUUUAAAUCAAUUAAAAAAUCUUCAAUCAAAUGUAGACAAAGAUUUUAAAGAAUUUUCAAAUUCUCCAAAUACUUUAAAUGCUGAAAAAGAUGGAGAGUUUCUUGAUAAACAUGAUGAAGAAUUAUACAACAAACAAAUAAUUCGUUCAAGACUAGAAGAUAAAAUUUCAAAUUUAAGUUCUUCUAUGAUUAAUGAUAUUGGGAAUGAUUUUCAAACUGGUUUUCAAACAAUUCUAUACAAUUUACCAGGUGUUGGUCCAGUUUUCCAAAUGAUCUUUAAUAUUAUGGGUAAUGGUAUAAAUUUAGAAAAAUUUUACCAAGAAAUCAUUACACAAGUAGAACAAAUGAUUAAAAAAUCAUUAGAAGAUUAUUAUAAAAACCAAUGUAAUACAAUUUUUAAAAAUUUAGGAAAAGCAUGUGAUCAACAUAAAGAUCUAACUCAAAAAUGGUAUGAUAAAAAUGGUAUCAAAUCAAUGAACCAUUUAGGUAAAGAAAUUCCACAAUCAACAUCAUCCACAAUUGAAUCUGAUGAUACAUUAACUCCAAUGAUACAUGCAAGUUAUCUAGAUUUAAAAAUCAAAUUUAAUGAUGCUAUUACUAGUUUCACUGAUGCCAAAUAUCGUGGUCACGUCGCACCUUUAUUAACAUAUACCUCAGUUAUGUAUGUCGCUUUUCUUCGUGAUAUUUUGAAAUAUGGUAAAGAAAUGAAAUUUGAUGAUUCGGUACUUAAUGGUUCUGCAAAUACUCCAGGAAUUAAAAAGAUGUUAAAUGAUUUUGUUAAUGUAACAUUAUCUGAAUUUUUAAUAUCAGGUCGUGAAUACACCAAUGUUGUUAAUUCUCUUCAAGAAGGUUAUUGGAUAACAUAUCCACCACCAAUUUAUAAGGUUUGGGUUCCACCACAACAAGCAUCGUGGGUAUCUCCUCCUGCCUCGGAAUUGGCACAUAAAUUCUUUUUGGCCCAUUCUGACAAUUAUCCUCAAGGUGGUGAUCUAAUUUAUAUUAAAAAAGAUGGAGUUUAUGAACUUAGUCCAAAUAAAAUAACUCAUGCCCUUGAAGUUUAUUAUAGCUCUGGGGGUGGAUAUGGUGUUAAUGACUAUCCAAGUUUUCGUUAUGGUGGAAAACCAAUCAUACCUCUUCUCGCUCCAGUUGGUAAUGCUGUGUUUACAAUGUUAAAUCCAAAUCGUUAUAAAAGAACCUUUAAAAUUAGAAUUGUUCAUGUCAUUGUUAGAGAAGCCAAAUGGAAUUUAGAUUGCUAUGAUAAUCAAGUUGGGGAAGCAGGUUCAUUUAACCAAAAUUUUGUUUUCACUUCAACUAAUAUAGUUUCUGACCCAAUUUGUGGGAAUAUUGGAACUGUUGGUAUCACUGAAAUUCCAGGACCAUUUACAACUGAUAAAAAGUAUAUUAGAUUAACAUGCAUUCGUAAAGUAAAUUUCCCAGCAUCAAAAAAUGAAGGAUAUGCCGUUGGAUCUCGUAUUUUAUCAGUACAAUUAAUUGAUUUAUAA